AUGCGCAAUCGCAUGUGCCACCUGCCCAACGGGCAGACCUUCACCGUGUCACCCGUCUUUGGCGGGGUUAGCUUCAAGUCGAACGAUGGUCAACAGAACCACCAUGUGGUUCUCCCCGGUUGGAGCAUCGUUCUGAAUACCAGCAAACCCGUUGAGAAUGCUGAUGCAACAACGACCGAUGGAUCGGAGGAGCAUCGCGGCCGGGAUCGACAAUCGCCAGAGGAGCUGGUGAACACCCGAUUUACUACCCCUACCCUGCGCAAUGACUCGCUCUACAUCUCAUACAUUGUCGAUCCGCCCAGCAGCGAGUACAAGCCGGUCAGCUCACCCACGCGCCAGAUCGCCAUGAUGCUCUGGGUGACGCUCUGGUGGUACUUCCACGAACCCGAGCCCGAGCGUUACUUGACCACCGAGGCCAGCGCCAAAACUCCCACCACGGGCCGGCCCCAGGGCGACUGGCGUAUCUCCAUCCGGCGCGAAGGGUUUUUCAAGGGUCGCACAUUGCUGCAGAAGCUCGAGCGCAUGGGUCUGAUCGCCUCGGAGGACUCCUCGGUCGGGACCGAACCCUACAACCCCGAGGCGUGGGCGCGCAUGUUCGUGAGCCGUCGCAGCUUCUGGCAGAUUGAUCCCAGGCUGUUCGUGUUCACUCUGACCCCCCAGAUGAAUAUCCCGCCGGCGAUAUCGGGCUCGCCCUUCAUCCAGCGGGUCGCAUCGCCGUCGCGCGCGAGUAUGUACCUCAAUAAUCCGGCUGGGCAGGAGACCGCCCACUAUACCCCGAACGAAGGGCCGUUCGCUUCGACCAGCCAUCUCCCCACCUACUUCCCCCCAGCCCCGACACAGUAUACCUUCACCAAUGGGAUCCGCCAUCCGAUCCGUCCCAAACCCCCGCACCAAGGGGAUGUGUUCUAUAUUCGCUACAUUCCCAGCCUGCAACAGUACCUGUCCUUCCGCGUACCGUACUUGGGAAGCUCCGCGGCCGAACAAUUCGGGGCCAAGCACGCUCACACUUCAUCUAACAGUAGCAUCGAACAACCGGUGACCCCUGUACCAGGGCCUUCCGAUGUCGAAUUGCUGCACAAAUGGAUGAACGAGCCGCGAGUCAACGUCGCUUGGGGCGAGGCAGGCCCAGUCAGUCACCAAGAGGAGUUUCUGCGCAACAAUCUCCGAAGUCGUCACAGUUUCCCCGUCAUUGGUUGCUGGGACGGUAAGCCGUUCGGCUACUUCGAGAUCUACUGGGUCAAGGAAGACCGGCUGGGGUCGUUGGCCCCGGGGGGUGUGGACAACUAUGAUCGGGGUCUACAUGUGUUGGUGGGUGAACAGGAGUUUCGCGGGCCGCAUCGUGUAGCCGUCUGGUUGAGUGCCUUGGUGCAUUAUUGCUUCUUGGCCGAUCCCCGGACGCAGACAGUGAUGUUGGAGCCUAGAGUGGACAAUGAAAAGCUGAUCGGAUACCUACACCGAGCGGGCUUCUACAAGGAAGGGGAGGUGACGUUCCCGCACAAGCAGUCUGCUUUGAUGAAGAUCAAGCGGGACGCAUGGGAGAGUCCUGCUACCUAG